CUCUCUCAUUCAUUCUACCACUUUCUCUUCUCUCAAAUUCUACAUUACAAUUUGCAAAUCACAUCACAAAAACAAUUCCCAUUUUUGUCACACAUUUUUCCCUUCCAUUUUGUUGUUGUCACACUGAUAAAGCUACUACAUGGUGAUGGCUACCAGGGUUGUUUUGGUGACAUUUAUGUUACUUCUGUUUGCCAUUAACUGUAAUUCUUCUAGUGUUGGUCACACGCCUUCAAAAGAAGAGGAAGCUCAUGAUUUUCAAGAUGUGAAAGCCAAGACCAUGGAAACUGCCAACAAAGCAUCUGAAACGGGAAAGGAAGGGAAAGAAGCCGCAGAAACAUGGACUGGAUGGGCCAAAGAGAAACUCACUGAAGGACUUGGCUUCAAAGAUAAGGAUAGCACCCCUCACAAAGCAUCUGACUGUGCUUCAGACACUGCACAGAAAACCAAAGAUUGUGCAAGUGAAACUGCACAAAAAUCCAAGGAAACUGCUAAAAAAGCCUCCGAUCAAGCCCAGGAUGCUGCUGAGAAAACCAAAAAAAAUGCUUGGGAUGCUUCUCAAAAGAUAAGAGAUUAUGCCACUGAUGCUGCUGGCAAGACCAAACAUUGUACCGGUGAUGCUACUGAGAAAACUGGUUGUUAUUAUACUGAUGAUGCUCCAGAGGACACCAGAGACUUUGCUGGUGAAGCUUUGCAUAAGGCUAAAGAAUAUGCCACUGAUGCUGCACAAAAAGCUGCACAGAAGGCCAAAGAAUAUGUCACUGGUGCCGCGCAUAAGUCUCAAGAGUAUGCAAAUGACGCCACAGAGAAGACCAAAGAUGCAGCAUAUAAGACUAAAGAUUAUGCUGGUGAUGCUGCAGGGAAGGCCAAAGAGUAUGCAAGUGACGCCACAGAGAAGACCAAAGAUGCAGCAUAUAAGACUAAAGAUUAUGCUGGUGAUGCAGCAUACAAUGCUGCAAAGAAGACUAAAGAGUAUGCAGGUGAUGCAGCGGAGAAGUCCAAAGAUGCAGCAUACAAGACAAACGACUAUACUGCAGAAAAGGCGAAAGAGUAUGCAAGUGAUUCUGCAGAGAAGACAAAAGGUGCUGCCCAGAAGGCCAAAGAUUAUGCUGGUGAUGCUACACAGAAGACCAAAGAAUAUGCUGGUGAUGCUGCACAGAAAACCAAAGAUGCUGCAUAUAAGACCAAAGACUAUGUAGGUGAUGCAGCAUAUAAAUCAAAAGAUUAUGCAGGUGAUGCUGCACAGAAGGCCAAAGAUUAUGCCAAUGAUGCAGCAUACAAGUCAAAAGAGUAUGCCAAUGAUGCUUCAUACAAGUCCAAAGACGAUGCUGCUCAGAGGAUCAAAGAGGCUUCUGAAUAUGCAAAUGAUGCUGCUCAGAGAACCAAAGAGGCUUCUGAAUAUGCAACUGAUAGUGCUCAGAAAAACGCAGCAUCUGGGGCAGGGGAAUACAGUGCUGAGAAGGCAGCUAAAUCACAAAAUCUGAAAGAUAAAUUGGGUGGAAAACGUGGAGAUGAUGAGCUUUGAGCUUUCUUAUCAGUUGUUCUACCACAAGUGUUGUUGUACAAUUCUGCUGUCAUAAAAGAGAAGAGCCUAUGUGUGUAUAUAACUAUUGUAGUAUGUGUUUUUGUUUUGCUGUUUGCUAGUGCUGUGUUUGGUCUCAUGUUAGAAGCAUCCACAUAGCACAAGUUGGAACAUUUUGUAUCAAUUUCUCAUAUGUUUUUAAAAAAUAAUAUAUGCAAUUCUCACA